AACAAACGUUUAGCUUGAUUAGUUCUAAUUAUAAUCAGCUAUUCAGUGUAAUAACUUUUUCGUGAUUAAAGGUUGAAUUAUUAAUAAUUUUAGCAACUAAACACCACGUGGGUCCCACCUUGUCAAUAAUGUUGAUCACAUGUUUACUUGCCAAUGCUUUCAUCUGUUUGUGUUCACUGUUGUGUUGAUAACUAUUUUUGUCUCUUCUUUUUUUAAAUCAAAUCUAUUUGUUUAAUUCAUCUGAUUUAUGUGUAAAUAUAUUGUUUAUAUCUAUUUCGGUUUUACUUGAGUUUUGCUUUUUUGUCACAUCGCAUCAUCUAAAUACUUGAAAACCAGAUGAAAGGUUAUCUUUACGUUCGCUUGAUUAGCCAGCAUGUUUACAUUAAUCUGUACCAAAGAUUAAGAAAAAUACAUUUCUUUUGUGAUCAUUGGUAUUAUCGUAAUCCUCUUGUUUCAUUGCUAAUAAGACGACUUCAACCUAGACUAUUCACCUUGCGGUCACUCAAUUUGACUGCCUGUCAACGGCCAAAGUAUUCGCCCUGGUUAAUGUUAUCUGGUGUUUCGUGUCACUUUUGGAAUAAUCAAGGUAUCAAAGAAGACGAGAUAUGGGAAUCAGUCAGUGAUUUUGAUAAAUUGUUCCCUUCAUUCAAUCAUCCUGCUAAAGAUUCACAUUCAUCGACACCUCAUAAAACAAAGAUAGAAAUACCAUGUCCAUUUAAUAAUAGAAGUAAACUUGACGAAUCUGGUGAGGACCAUGGAUCAUCAGAUGAGGAUGAAGACAGUCAUAAUGAGUUAAAUAAUGCAAAUAACAUUACAAGUGAUAGCGAUGAAACUAAAAAAUUACUUACUGGCAAAGGCUGGGAACCUAUAAUAUUGAGAGAUAAUUUUCAAGUCUGGAGACGAGAAAUUAAUUCAAAUGGGACAUACCAAUAUAAAGUUUUCGGAACAUUCACUGAUGUACCUGCUAUAGCCUUUUUCACAGUUCAAAGGGAUUUAGACUAUAGAAAGUCAUGGGAUAAGCUAGUUAUUAAAUUAGAGGUUGUAGAUAAACAGAAUGAGUUCAAAAAAGCACGGAAAGGUGAUCAAAUAAUCGAUUCGGGAAAUGAAGUUAUCCAUUGGGUGAUGCAUUAUCCUUUUCCAAUGUAUAGUCGUGAUUAUUGUUAUGUGAGACGAUCAAUAAUUGAUUUCAAAAACAACAUAAUUGUCCUAGUCUCUCGAUCUGUUGACCAUCCAAAAUGCCCGGUUUCUGAUAAAUACGUACGAGUCAACGAAUAUGAAUCGCAAAUGGUGAUAAAACCACACACAACCUUUGAUGCAAAUGGAUUUGAUUACGUAUUAACUUAUUUUGAUGAUCCUCGAUCAGCCUUUCCUAAUCCAGCAUACAAUUGGAUGGCUGCCUCAGGAGUUCCUAAUUUUGUUGAAUCAUUGCACAAAGCAGCUUUACAGUUGAACAGAAGGGAUAAAAAGAGUUCGAAUAAUAGCCUAGACAAUAAUAACCAUCAUAAAAAUGUAUAAAUAGCUCUGGCUCUCAUUAAAUCAAGAAUUUAAUUGCCAAGUCCAUUUCCUUGCAAUCGGAUGCUUAACUGGAAUCAGAACAGAGGAAAUUAAUACCUCAUUUCAUCCAUAGGCAACUCCAUCGAGAUAAAUGGAUAAUAAUUAUCAACUCAAGUCUAUCAGAUCACAUAACUGAAUGGAUUACCCAAUGGAACCUAAGUCAAAAGAAUUGGAUUUGAUAAUGAUUGCUCCAUUCCGGUUAUUCCCAGCAAAUCAAUCAACUUAUAGAAUGCUGUUUUCCCAACCAAUAAUCAAGCAUUUAGUAGCUCACAAGAUGUCUCUACAAGUUCAAUAAAGUGAUUUGUCAAGAAGAAAUGAGGAAUCAAAAUUGAAACAAUCUAAAGUAUGAUGAUAGAUGAUUGUUGAUCAAAACUGGAAUCUGCCAACCAUCCAAAUGUUUAUCUGGUUAAAUCUGUAUCAUAAAUCAACUUGAACACAGGAGCCGCAAAAGAUGUAAAUACAAACAAAUAGCUCAAAAAACUCCAACAUCAAGGAUUUAUCUGAAAUUAAUACAAAUUAUAAACCAAAUCAAUCAUCACCAAACCCAAUAUUGUUGGUUAAUAACUGUAUAUUGUAAUAAGCAUAAAUGCAUCACAAAAAUAUUGUGUGAUAAUUGCUUUUGAUUUAAGCUUCAAUA